UAUAAUUAAAAAAAAAACAGCUCAUGUUUAAAUAUUCUUAUAUAUAUGUUUUUUUUUAAAUUAUCUUUUAAAUAAAGAUUAAAGGAGACUUUUUUUAUUGUGCGUAAAAGUGUCUCCUGGACAUUUGUCUUAACCUGGACCUGGACCAGAACCUGGACCAGGACCUUAACUACAGCUGUUAUCCAGAAAAGUCCGGAUAAACCCGCCGUCGAACCUCCUCUUUCACCUCCGCUCGGACUGAAUCCCGGUCCGUCCUCCCCAGGGUCUGGGGCUUCUCUGUGAUUCCUCUGUUACUGAUGGAACCAUGAGGAGAGCCGCUGCUCCUCUUCGCCUCCUCCCGCUCCUCUUCAACCUGCUCCUCGCAGCCUCCGCGGCGCAGCGUCUCCUCCUGGGUCAGAUCUCGGACAAGUCACCGGCGGGGACUCCGGUGGACGGAGUCAGACUGCGGCUGCAGGGACCAGGAGUCUGCGGAGCAGAGGAGCUGAGGAGCGGACUGAGCGGAGAGUCCUCCCGGGAUUUCAGACUAGUUUAUCACCGGGAGGAACUCCAGCAGAACCUGGAACGGAACCCGUACCUGGGGUUGGUUUCAGCCAAGGUUCUGGACCGAGAGUUUAAAGCCAUGUAUGAGCUGCAGGUUCACCUGCGAUGUCUGAGAGGAACCGUGUUAAUAAAGGUGGAGGUUUCGGAGCAGAACAUCAACGUUCCUCACUCCUCCUGUGGGAACCUGACCGUGGACUUGGAUGAGUUGACGCCUCUCGGCACCAAAGUGCUUCACCUAAAGGAUCGGUGUUCAGACACGGACAAGAAUGGACCAGUCGUCUUCUACGCGUCACCAGAGUCAAAGUUACUCCACGUGGUUCCACGCGGUGGUCAGGUGGUUCUGGUGGUGGAGCUGCGUCUGUACGCGAAGGACGGAGGUGAUGCAGCACUGGCCGGUGAACCGGUGUUUCUGCACGUCAACGUCCUCAAACACCAGCUGCAGAGGAGGAAGAGGACCAGGAGGAACGUCUCUGAAGAACCAAACUUCACUGUGAUGGUUCCAGACCAGGCCCAGGUGGGAGACCUGGUCUUUACGGUACCAGAGUUGAGGUUCCAGCAGAGGUGGUUCGAGGUGAUCCCAGAGGCAGCAGACUCACCGGUCCAGAUUGAGCGGGACUCCGGACGUUUGUUCCUGGCACGCCACCUGCAGGAACCUGAGGAAGUGACAGUGAAGAUCCAGAACCGCAGAGGUGAUGACUGGUACCUGUGCAGACUGACCUUGGCCACGCCCAGUCAGGCCGAUCUGCAGUGGUCCAUGUUUCCUGUCCCAUAUCUAGGCGCCGUGGGUCCUGACGCCGGGCCUGGCACUGUUGUGUACCGACUGUCGGUUCGGCAGCGCGACGGGUCACAGGGCCACGCCCAGUUCCUCCUGCUGGACAAUGGCGACGACUGCUUCGAGGUGGGACGUCGUUCCGGUGAAAUCCGAACCACAGGUCGACCCCUGAGCCCCAGUAAAGAGUACCGGCUGCACGUCCAGGCGCUGGAUGAACAGGGACGUAAAGGACCAUCUGCCGCCGUGGCCAUCCUGGCCGGGUACCGAUCGCCGCAGUUCACCAACACCACCUACAGGCUGAAGGUGCCUGAGAACACCCCUGCUGGCCAAAUUGUGGCAGUGGUCCAGGCUGUCAGCUUCCAGAUGAAGUCUCUCUCUUAUCUGCUGCUGGUCAAUCCAGGGAACGUGUUCAGCGUUGACCAGCAGGGCGGCGCUCUCAGACUUACCCACACUGUGGACUAUGAGAGCGGACACAACGUCUACGUCCUGCAGGUCAGAGCGUCGGAGCCGGAUACUGGCCUGAGCAGUGUGACUGAGGUGGUGGUUGAUGUAACAGAUGAGAACGACUGCACUCCAGAGUUCCUGCAGUCCAUCUACAGCAGAGACAAUGUUCCUGAGAACGUCCGAGCAGGAACGUCGCUGCUGCAAGUCCACGCUCGUGACUGUGACUCUGGUGUUAACUCCAAGAUCUCUUACUUCAUCCACGGUGGAGACGGAGCCUUUGACAUCACGUCAGGGGGGGUCGUCAAUUCGGCCCGCGGCCUCGACUACGAACGGUCCAAUCACAUCUACGAGUUUGUGGUAGUGGCCGUGGACGCGGGGACGCCUCCUCGUACAGGCUCCGCCUCCGUACGCAUCAGGGUCUCCAAUGUGAACGACGAAGCACCAAUCUUUUCCCAGAGCGUGUACAAGACGUUCCUCAGUGAAGACGCAGGACCGGACACCCUGGUCGCCAUCGUCCACGCCAACGACCCCGAUGGAGACGCCGUCUCCUACGCCAUCACAGGAGGAAACGAGGACAGCAACUUCCUGCUGGACAGACAAAAAGGAAUCAUCCAGCUGAGGAAGAGUCCGCCCCCGAGGCUGAUGGGACCUCAGUAUGUUCUCAACAUCACAGCCACAGACGACAACCUCUCUGGCGGUCCGUACCCUCUCAGCAGCUCCACCCAGGUCAUUGUGGGAAUUAAUGAUAUCAACAACAACAAACCAGUUUUCCAGGAAUGUCAGAGCUCCAGUCUGAACGCUGCCGUCCUUGAGAACCAGCCUCCUGGGACAUUUGUUCUUCAGGUCCAGGCCGAAGAUGCCGACAUGGGGGUCAACGGAGAGGUCAAGUACGGCAUCAUGGCGAGAGACGGGGUGUCUUCUAGCUUUGACAUCGAUCCUGACUCCGGCGUGAUCACCACCGCGGUGAGUUUCGACCGUGAACGUCAGAGAGAGUUCACGCUGUCCGUGACGGCCACAGACCAGGCGGACGAGCCGCUCAUCGGGAUCUGCCAGGUCACGGUGGUGAUCACAGAUGAGAACGACAACGAUCCGAAGUUUGAGAACAGUCGCUACCAGUACUUUCUGAGAGAGGACACCCCGGUGGGGACUAGCUUCCUCCGAGCGGCGGCACACGAUAAUGACCAGGGCAGCAACGCAGCCAUCACCUACUCCCUGUCCAAUCAGGAGCCGGCGUACCUGCAGAUCAACCCUGCAACUGGUUGGAUUUACGUCAAUCAGCCAAUCUCACAGACGUCUAGGAUCAGUCGACAGAUCGUGGCGUCCGACGGAGGAAAACGCAGCAGCUCAGUGGAUCUGACGGUGAUCAUCACCAACGUCCACAACCAGCCUCCACAGUGGGAGCAGCAGGAGUACUGGGUCACUGUCCCUGAGAACACCGUCAGAGAUGCCAAGAUAGUGACUGUCAAGGCCACAUCUCCCCUCGGUGACCCUCGCGUCACCUACAACCUGGAGGAGGGCCAGGUUCCAGAGACCAACAUGCCGGUUCGGUUUUAUAUCAAACCCAACAGAGCAGACGGCUCUGCGUCCAUCCUGGUGGCCGAGAACCUUGACUUUGAGACGACCAGCUUCUUCACCCUCAGAGUUCGUGUUCAGAACGUGGCUGCCGUACCGCUUGCUUCUUUCACCACCGUCUAUGUCAACGUUACAGAUGUGAACGAUAACGUUCCCUUCUUCCUGUCGUCAACGUACGAGGCCACGGUUCCUGAGGGAGCAGAGAUCGGAACGUCCGUGGCCCAGGUGUCGGCCACAGACCUGGAUUCUGGGCUACAUGGGCUGGUUCGUUACUCCAUCCUGAAGGAUGAGAGCGGAGACUCCCGGCUCUUCAGCAUCGAUUCCCGCAGCGGGAUCAUAGUCACUCGGGCUUCUUUCGACCGGGAGCAGAAAUCUUCAUACUUGGUGGAGGUCCAGUCACAGGACGGCUCAGAGUCGGCGAGGAUAGGUCAACAUGGACAACCUAACACUGACACGGCCUACGUCAGGAUCUACGUCACUGACGUUAACGACAACGCUCCAGCGUUUCUCAACUCUGUGUACGAGGUGAGUGUGGAGGAGGACCAGGAGGUGGGAUUCAUCAUCAUCACUGUCACUGCUAACGACGAAGAUGAAGGUGCCAAUGCUAAGCUACGUUACCAGCUCACCUCAGGAAACAGCAUGGGGAGCUUCGACGUGGAGCCUGAGGUGGGAACCAUCUUCGUGGCUCAGCCUCUGGACUAUGAGAUGGAGCAGUGUUACGAGCUGCGGCUGGUGGCGUCCGAUGGGAAGUGGGAGAACGAAACACUGGUGGUGGUCAAGGUGGUGAACCGUAACGAUGAAGCGCCAGUCUUCGGCCAGACUGAAUACCACGCCACGGUGACGGAGGAGCUCACGCAGCUCCCAGUCUUCAUCCUGGAGGUUUCAGCCACUGAUCCAGACCAGGAAGCCGAUCAAACUGCCCUUCGUUACUCACUCCACGGUCAGGGAGCCGGUGGUGAAUUCACCAUUGACGAACUCUCUGGACGGAUCUACGCCCAGCGUCGACUGGACCGUGAAGAACGUCCAGCCUGGAGGUUCCUCGUCCUCGCCACAGAUGAGGCUGGAACAGGACUCACAGGGUUCGCUGAUGUGCUGCUGGAAGUCAGAGACGUUAACGACAACGCACCCUUCUUCCCUUGUCCAGUGCUGGAAGUGGACGGGUGUUUUCUGGGUCAGGUUCCUGAAAAUUCACCUGCCGACACCUCCGUGAUGGAGAUGAGAGCGAUGGACCUGGACGACCCCAACGAGGACAGGAACGCCGUUCUGACCUACAGCAUCAUCAAAAAUGUUCGCAACGAGAUCAACCUCAAUCUCUUCUCGAUCAAUGCCAGCACUGGGACCAUCUACACUGUACUGGGAUCUUUAGACCGGGAGGCUGUGGACCAGUACCUGGUGGUGGUUGAGGCCAGAGACGGUGGCGGGUUAGCAGGUACAGGCACAGCCACCAUCAUGGUUUCAGAUGUCAACGAUCAUCUGCCCGUCUUCACUCAAAGAGUCUACACGGCUCAGGUGGCAGAGGACCUGCAAAUCAACAGUGAGGUUCUGGUUGUUUCUGCCACUGAUGGAGACGAAGGUGAGAACGCUGCAGUCACCUUUAGCAUCGUCUCGGGGGAUGAGGACAGGAAGUUCUUUGUGGAGACAGACAGAGUAAACCGGCGUGGUGUCAUCAAGCUGAAGAAGCAGCUGGACUUUGAAAAAGCCCACGAGAGGAUGUUCAACCUGACCCUGAAGGCUGAGGACGCCGACUUCUUCAGCCUGGUCCACUGUCUGGUUCAGGUGGAGGACUCCAAUGACCACGCACCUGUUUUUGUUCCACAGUUCUACGAGCCUCCGUCCAUUUACGAGGACGUCCCCGUUGGGACAAUUGUAACUCAGGUGACAGCUUCUGAUCUGGACUCUGGACCAAAUGGACAUUUUUCUUACAGCAUCUCCAGGGAGUCGGAUCCUCAGGGUCAUUUCCUGGUGGACCAGUCCGGUUGGCUGAUCGUAGCAGCUUCUCUGGACAGAGAGGACAUCUCACAGCACAGGGUCGUGGUCCUGGCCACAGAUUCUGGAAAACCACCGUUGACUGGGACCGCUGUAGUGAUGGUGACCUUGCUGGAUGUCAAUGACAACGGUCCAGAGUUUGAGGUUCCGUACCAAGGCCUCGUCUGGGAGAACACUAUGGCUCCACAGACCGUGCAAAUGAACGAGACCUCAUUCCGGCUCCACGUCACUGAUCGUGACAGCUCCACAAACGGCGGCCCGUUCUCCAUACAACUGCUGACGGUCACCUCCGAUGGCGCUAAUUUCAAUCUGACUGACUUGAAAAAUGGCAGCGCAGCCGUAACGGCCCUACGACCCUUUGAUCGCGAGCAACAGAAAGAGUACCGCCUCUCGAUCCUCAUGACCGACAGUGGAUCUCCUCAAAUGAGCUCAACCAGCACACUGACAGUCAUCGUUGGGGACAAGAAUGACCACGCCCACUCACCGGGACACACCCACUUUAUUGUCUACAGUUUAGAAGGGUUCCUUCCAACCACGGUGCUGGGACAGAUUCCGGCUCCGGAUCCAGACGACUGGAGUCAGAAGAAGUACCAAUUCCAGGGCCAAACCUCGAGGGCCUUCAGUCUGGACCAGACCUCGGGUCAGCUCAGCAUCAGGGAAGGGACUCCCCCUGGGUCGUACCACCUGCAGGUGCUGGUGUCUGACCACACCUGGCCUGACGUCAUCUCCACCGCCCGCGUGGAGGUGAUGGAGCUGCGUCAGAACAUCCUGCAGAACGCUGCGUCCGUGCGACUGUCCAACCUGACAGUGGAGAACUUCUUCAGUGGUGGUGAACAGAGUCCUUUCGUCCGUCUGCGUGAGGCACUGGCUGAUCUGAUGCAGACUGUACCAGAGAAUGUUCAGAUCUUCUCUGUGGCCGACGCUGGUCAACCAGGACACAAAGACCUGAACGUGUGGUUUUCUGCCCACGGCUCACCGUACUACAGGACUGAGAAGCUGCAGGGCUACGUCGCCGCCAACAAAGUUAAGUUGGAGUCGGUGGUGGGCGUGUCCAUCUCUCAGGUGGGUGUGGACGACUGUCCUCACACCGACUGCAGCGGCUCUGGAGGCUGCAGCACCCAGGUUUCCUUCAGUCAGACUCCCCUGGUGCUCAGCUCCGGGAACACGUCUCUGGUUUCUCUGUCAGCCUCGACCUCCGCCGAGUGUGGAUGCAGGGGUCGAGAGGUCAACUAUCUGCCUUGUGCUGCAUACCCCAGCAACCCCUGCUUCAACGGAGGCACCUGCCAGGAUGGACCUCUGGGAUACAGGUGUCUGUGUCCUCCUCUGCUGGAUGGGCCUCAGUGCCAACAAACCAAACGCACCUUCAGCGGCCAGAGCUACGCCUGGUUUCCUCCCAUCAUGCCUUGUUUCCAGAGUCAUAUCUCUUUGGAGUUUCUGGCUGAGUCGCCCAACGGGCUGCUCCUCUAUAAUGGACCAGUUGUCCCCGCCCACUCUGAGGCGAAGGAGGACUUCAUCGCUGUAGAACUGAAAGACGGCGUUCCAGCCCUGAGUAUAAACCACGGAUCAGGAAUUCUAACUCUGCAGCUGCCAAAAAGUUCUGCUAUUACUGACAGACGGUGGCAUCGACUGGACAUCAUCUCUGAUGGGAAGACGGUGACCCUGGUUCUGGACCAGUGCAGUGGUGUGGGUGUCACUCAGGAGUUGGAUGAGUCGUCCUGCAGAGCUUCAGGCGAAACACCAGGAGACCAGAGGUAUCUGGACGUGUUCCAGCCUCUACAGCUAGGGGGCGUUAAGGAAACGUCUCUCCACAGAAGAUACCAAGGUUUUAAAGGCUGCCUUAGAAACCUGGUGGUGGAUAGUCAGGUUUACGACCUAGCGUCUCCAGGAGAGAGUGUUGGCAGUAACGCGGGCUGUACACCCACAGACGGUGUGUGUGUGACGGCAGGUAGUCCUUCCUGUGGAGGCCACGCCUCCUGUCAGGCUGAGUGGGGUUCGUUCAGCUGUGAGUGUCGUCCUGGAUUCACCGGACACAAGUGUGACACGGUGGUCCCAGAAUUCUCCUUUGACCCCAAGAGCUUCAUGCGUUUCCAGCUCAGAGGUGGAAGCAGCACAAGACGCACAAACAUCCAAAUGUUCCUCCGAACCAGGAGCGCCACAGGAACCCUGUUCUCCGUGUCUUCAAGGGAAGCCAGCGAGUACAUCAUCCUAGAGAUCGAAGGAGGUCUCCUCUCUGUUCGAGCCGACCUGGGUGGUGGCACCAACUUCCUGCAGCUCCCUGGUCAACAGGUGGACAUCGGCCAGUGGAUCCUGGUCAGUCUGAGUCGACACGAUAACCUCUUCACUCUGAAGGUGGAGCAGGGUGGUGGCUCACGAGAGGUUCAGGCUCAGCUGGGGGACCACAGGGAGAUGUUGCUCCAUCCAUCCAAUCUGGUGGUGGGAAAGGGUCCAAAGACUGGAGAAGAUGCUGGUGACUUCCAGGGCUGUUUGAGGGACGUUCGUUUGAACGGUCACGUUCUACCUCUGAGCGGUCUGAGUAUGGACACGGUGCUGGUUCUGGAUCAGCGUGGCGUCUCCUCCGGAUGUUCCAGUGACGCCUGCAUUAGCGGACCAUGUGCCAGUCCACUGCGCUGUGUGGACCUGUGGAGGAAACACCAGUGCAGGUGUCCUUCUGGUCAGGUGAUGGAGACAGACCAAACUGGUCAGCAGCGAUGUAGACCUUCGCCCUGUGGACCGUCAUCCUGUCGCAAUGGCGGUGUGUGUCAGGCAUUAACGGUGGACAGUUUCAGCUGCAGGUGUCACGAUGGGUUCAAAGGUCAGCGCUGUGAACUGGGUCAGGUCAGAGGUCAGCAUCUGUCUGCCCUGAGUCCUAGCUCCAUCCUGGCCGUCAGCAUGUGUCUGCUUGUCUUCUUUGCAGUCCUAGUGGCAGUGACGGUGUGGAAUCAGAAGGGAAGUCGUAACAAGUUCAGGAAACGUGGCGUUUAUCACAUUCCUGAUGAACAUCAGAGCUGGGAGGAUGUUAGAGAAAACAUACUCAACUACAAUGAGGAGGGAGGAGGAGAACAGGACCAGAAUGGUUAUGACAUCACAGAGCUGAAGCGCCCCCUAUGUUCCAGUCUGUCCCAGUCAUCGUCCUGCACCACUGCUCCACUCAUCCAGUCCUCACCCAGCUCUCAGGAGGACAUUCUCCCUACCGUUUCUUCCACUUCCUGUAACUGUGGCGCCCCCUACCUUAGCGUUCUACACCCACACCACCAGCAUCAGCCAGACAAUAGUGGCUACACUGAAAACAUUAGCUGCAGCGCUAACACAGACAAGAACGCGAAGACAGACGCAGAUCAUUUGUCGUCAAUGGGCUGCAUGGACUUCAAGAGCUACGUAGCGCACAUAGUGUGGGAGGCUGACCACGACGACGAGGCCUUCCCGCCAGACUCUUACCACGUCUGGUGCGUGGAGGGUUCGGGGACUUCGUUGGGUAGCCUUAGUUCACUGGAGUCAAUCGCAUCUGGAGGGAAUGGCGAUGACGACAAUAGAGGGUUUGUUCAUAGCACGCUGUCACAGUGGGGCCCAAAGUUUAGGGCGCUCAGCGAGAUCUACGACCAAUCCCCAAGACAAGGUGGAGAAAAACAUCCACAGGAGCCAUAGUCAUGACGUUAUGACUCAGCAGGACUAGAAGCCAGUGUUCUACGUGGUCAAAGACAUUUUGGACUGAGAUUUCUUUGUUUUUUGUGCAGAGAAAUUUGUCUGCAGACUUCAACCAGCGUUGUGUCUGAUCAUUUCCCGGUCUACCUCUUAGCUACGUUAAUAAACGUUAGACUCCAGAAGGUUCUAGAUCAGAUCCCCAAAAAGGGUUGAGAGUACCGUAGAUUUUACUUGAAUUGAGGGAUAGAAUGGGAACAGAGGAGGAAGAUUGAUCCAGAUCUAAAAUGUGGUUCAGACCCAAGGCCAGACUUGAACCAGUAAAGGGACGUGGGCAGAGUUAGUGGACUCUCAUCGGACCUGUGAGCUGGACUGAUCUCAGAGAUUUCCAGAGUUUGUGUUAGAAUAACGCCAGAAGAAUGUAACUGUCCUUCAGAAAAAAAUGAAACCCACAUUUAGCCUUUAAUCAGACUGUUUCUGAACGAGCACAGAACAAUCAGGGUUUUUAAAAAAGUUUUGGUUUGGAUCCUGUAUUUUUACCAAAAGUUUAGAUUCAAAUAUUUGUGAGAAGUUGCAGAAAUGUUUCUUAUUCUGUUAGGACGUCUCUGUUCUUGUAGAUAAAAAUUGUUAUGGAUUUGGUAAAUGAAGCAGGUUCGUGUCGAAACACAUUGCUUCAAUUUUACUGAUGUGUGAUGUCAUGUACAGUUGAAUGUUUUAUAAAAAAAAACAAAUUUUCCCUUUUGUAUAUGACUUUUAAUAAAAGUGUUUUUCCCUGAUUUCUUUUGUGGUCUUUCAGAAGAUGUUCACGUGAAUAGUUCUAAUCUUUGUAGAACUUCAUUUGCUUCUUUUUUUAAAUGUAAAUAAUUGAACACAAUUACGUAUAUGUUACGAAGUCUGUUGCAACAAAUUUACCAACCCGCUUGAAUUGAGCGUGAAAGUCAACAUGUCAUUAGCGUAAAAAUAGCAACAUUAGCAUCGCUGAUUUUAACGACCCUGUGACCACACACAAUUCGCUGUCACUCUCACAUCAAUCUUAAAUCGUAUUGUUUGAACGUUUUCAUUACGUAGCCCAUGAACCUGAAUACUGUAAAUUAUCGUCACGUCCCGCCAUUACACCAAACGUCGGUUUACUUACAGUUCGCGGCCACAAUAUA